UUGAAAAGCGGGAUCAACAACAGCAUCAACAACCACAUUAACCAGCAACGAAUCUGCAGGAUUAAACACAAAAAACAGCAAUUGCAACAGCAGUAUCAAUUGAUUGCAUGAACAGCAGCAGCAACUGCCUUAACAGCAACAGAAGCAUUAACAUAAAUAGCAACAGCAGCAACUGCAACUGCAACUGUAGCAAACUGCAAGAGCAGCAGCAGCAGCAGCAACAGCGACAGCGCCGACGAGAGCAGCAACAUCGAUUGCAACUGCGAGUGCAAGUGAAAUUGCCGCAACUGCGUCGGCAAGCAACGCAGAAUGGUCACAUCGUCGGCAUCGCCAACAGGAACGGGAACGGGCUGGUCGGCACCUGGGGACUACAAGAGCGCCAACACAGCGGUCACAGCGGCAACGGCUGCUGCUGCCACUGGGAUCAUGUGCGAAGUGUUGCCGUCGAGCAGCGCCAGCGUUGGCAGCAGUUCGCCAACGGGAGGUGCCAGCAAUGGCACCGCCAAUAGUGCGCACAGUGGCAGCAAUAAGAAUAGCAACAGCAACAGUAUCAACAACAACAAUAACAACAACAACAACAGCAACAAUAACAAUGCAGUGCAUCAGGAUCUGCUUUGGAUGGAACGAUUUGUGCUGGAAAGACAACAGGAAUUUCCAGGCGAGUUGGUGCGAACGAGCAAUCCAUAUUUCCUAUGCUCAGCUCUGCCCUCCCAUUGGCGUUCAAAUAAAACGCUGCCGAUGGCAUUUAAAGUUGUCGCUCUAGCGGAUGUCGGAGAUGGAACUUAUGUCACCAUACGAGCGGGAAAUGAUGAAAACUGUUGCGCCGAAUUGCGCAAUUACACAGCACAGAUGAAGAGCGGCGUUGCCAAAUUCAACGAUCUGCGCUUCGUCGGACGCAGCGGAAGAGGGAAAAGUUUUACGCUAACAAUUACCGUUGCAACAAGUCCGCCACAGGUGGCUACCUACGCCAAAGCCAUCAAAGUGACCGUUGACGGUCCAAGGGAACCGCGCUCCAAAACGAGUCCUCCAGGUGCACAACCAUAUCGAGCACUGGGUCUCGGCCAACGGCCAUUCAUAGAUGGUUUUCCCAAAACUUUUCACGAACUGGAAACGCUGCGACGAUCGGCAAAAGUGGCGGCAGCGACAACAGCAGCGGCUGCGGCGGCAUCGACUGUGGCAUCGGUGGCAACAGCAGGCAAUGGGUUAACAACGAGUGCACAGCAAUUGGAGAGCAAUUAUUCGUCGUCAAAUAGUACAAUAAAUUCAGAUUGCCAGAUCUAUAAGCCAAACGCGCCACAAAUUCAAGAGUCCGAUAUGAUAGGCGCAGCCGAGUGGACAGGCUCAAGUGGGUCCGCUGGCAAUGUUGCGUAUCCCGUUGGAGUUGGCGUUGGCGUUGGAGUCGGUGUUGGAGUUGGAGUGCCGUAUCAUCAUGCCCAUCACAGUCACUCGCAUUCGCAUUCGCACACCCAUUCGCACUCACACUCGCACUCGCAUUCACAUUCGGCGGCGCAUCAUCAUCAUGCGCACCACUUGCAGCAUCAAGUGGCCUUGCCACCGCCACCGCCACCGCCGGCCGCAGCGCCCGUCGCUGUGCCGGUGGUGAAUGCGACGGCCAUGAAUCAUUAUGGCAGCGCCAUGGGUGGCUAUGACACAACCACACUGGACGCCGCUGGCAAUUAUCACAUAUCGACCGUGCUCCCCGAUAUGCACGGCUUUACCACCGACCCCUAUCAGACGGCCACCUCGGCCGGCUAUGGGGGUGUCGGUGUCGGAGUUGGAGUUGGUGGCGGUGGCGGCGGUGGCAUUGGCAAUAAAUCGGAUCUGGAUUCGAUCAGCUAUGGCGCAACGCCAGCGGCUGCGUACAAUAAUGCCGCUGCCUGGUCGAAUGGCUACAACAACUAUCAAUACGGCAGCUGUUCGGCGGCAACGGCGGCGGCGGCUCAAUAUGCGGGCGCCGGUGGGCAUGGCAGUGCACCGCCACCGCCGCCGCCAGUGGUGCUCUAUCCGCAACUCUACUCGACGGUCAAUCAGAAUCAAAUCCAUCUGCAUCUGCAUAGCAGCGAGAAGCUGGAGCAAUAUCUGGCCACCGAUCAGCAGCUGACAAUAAGCUCAUUAGCUGGCAAUCGUUCGGGCAUUGAGAUUGGUCUCGGCGGCGGAGGUGGCGGAGGCGGAGGCGGUAAUAAUGCUGGCAUUGCUUUGGGUUCGGAGCAGGAGCAGCAGGCGGCGGCUGUUGCCAUUGCGGAGCAGGCGGCCGAAGGUGCCGCCUCGCAGAACUAUCAUUUGCAUCAUCAUCACCAUCAUCACGACUCGCAGCGGCAGGCGGAAGCUCAACAGCAGCAGCAGCAGCAGCAUCAGAGCGAAGUCAACAGCGAUGCGGCGAGGGACGAAGAUGUCACUGAUCUCACCCAGGUCUGGCGUCCCUAUUGACCCAAUCUCAUAUCGCGCGCACUUCUGCACAUAGAACUGAACUAGAAUUAAAAAACAACAAACAAACAACAAACAAAACAGAAUACUCUCCUCCCUCUGUCGCGUACACUUUUUUUUUUUUUUUGCUUCCCAAUCGUUAUACUGAUACCCUGAGCAAUGGAUCGAAAGCGGGCAUAUUUUGUUUAGUGCAAUAAGCAAAACUUUGUUCGAUUCUACCAUAUUCAAAGUUUGUACAUAGCUUCCUCUUAGAUAGAUUCUUUAUUUAUAAUCAACAUACAUAUAUAAUAUUUCUCGCCAAAGUACACAGCUUAGAGCUCAGGGUAUCUUCUCCAAACUCUAGAGCGCUCUUGUUUUGUUUUUUUUUUUUUUUUUUUUUUUUUUUGUACUAUCCUUAAGAGUUGUAAAUAAUACCGAUACUAUAUGUAUGUGUAAUAAUAGUAAAACGUAUACCAUCUGUACAUGACUAAGAAUAAUACAAUAUAUAUGGUAUAAAUAUAAUAUAUAUAUAUAUUUUUUUUUUGGAAUUUACUCUUAAGUCUAGACUCUAGUUUAUAACUAGGAUAAUGUAUUGAAUAUUUUCGAUUAUUUCGUUCAAAAAUUUACGAAAGGCGUUAAAUA